AUACAUGAUGAACAGUAGGAUCCUGUGAAGCACUGCGGGUUAUUGGGACCUUUGUGUGUGGAAAUACAUCACUCCCUUAAUGUAGAGGGACAGGUAGAUCAGUUCAGUGGACAUAUGGGAUACUUUGCUAUUUUUGUUGCUGAGGGAGAUAAUGCUGGAACUGUAUAAAAUGUUGGUUAGGCCGCAGAGUAUUGUGUACAGCCCUGAAUACACAUUAAUGGACGUGAUGUGAUAAUGGGAACUGCAGAUGCUGGAGAAUCUGAGAUAACAAAGUGUGGAGCUGGAUGAACACAGCAGGCCCAGCAGCAUCUCAGGAGCACAAAAGCUGAUGUUUCGGGCCUGGACCCUUCAUCAGAGGGAUGUGGUCAAUGGAUGUGAUGUACAGGGUGCAGAGGAGGUUUACCAGGGUGUUGUGUGGGAAUUUUAGUUAUGAAAAGAGGUUGGAUAGACUGGGGUUAUUUUCCUUGAAGCAGAGGAUGACUGAGAGGGAAACGUGAUUGAGAUUGAAGGAUGUAGAUGGGGUAGGUAUGAAAGAACUUUUUCCACUUUGUAGACGGAUCAAUGGCUAGAUAGUCUGGCUGUGGGCCAUUUGGCCCAUUGAGUCCGUACUGACCCUCUGAAGCGAAUCCCACCCAGGCCCACCCCCUACCCUAUCCCUGUAACCCAAUAUUCCCCCAUGGCUAAUAUACCUUGCCUGCACAUUCCUGGAUACUGUGAACAAUUUAGCAUGGCUAAUCCAUCUAAACUACACAUGAAAACUGAAGCACCUUAAAAAACCCACCCAGACACGGAGAGAAUGUGUAAACUCUAUACACAGUUGCCUCAGGCUGGAAUUGAACCUGGGUCAAUUGCAUGUGAGCCAGCUGUGCUAAGCACUGAGCCAUCGUGCUACCCUUUAAGUUAAGGGGCAGGUGGUUUAGCAGGUAUAUGAGGAUAUUUUUUAUCCGGGGGUGGUGGGAAUCUGGAACUCUCUGCCUGUAAGGGUGGUAGAGGCGAAACUGUUCUCACAUUGAAGAAGUAGUUUCAUGAACAUAAGGCAUAACGUCUUUGACCAAGUGCUGGAAAGUAGAAUUAGAGUUAUUUGAUGCAUGCUUUUGACUGCGGAUUUGAUGGACCAAAGGCUCUUAGUCUUCUUUGUAGAUCCCCAUGACUCUGUGGCGGUAGGACAGUGCUCAUCAGUUAUUUUUUGACACUAUUCACCAACCUUACUGAAACAAAUUAACAUUUUUCUUUGUUGUUUUGUGGAGCUAGGCGUGUGCAGAUGAAAAACUGCAUUUAAAAACAGAAAUUGCUGAUAAACCCAAUAAAAACCAAAAGAACUGUGGAUGCUAGAAAUCAAAAACAAGAACAGAAAUUGCUGAAAAGCUCAGCCGGUCUGGCAACACCUGUGGAGGGAAAUCGGUUAAAAGUUAGUCAAGUGACUCCUCUUCACACUCAAAAAGUGGUGUUUAUGUUGAUUAUGGGUUAGGAGGGAGAUGGGGGUCAGAGAAAGGAAAAAGUUAAGCAGAAAUAUUUGAUAAUGGGAAGCAGAAGAAGAAAAGCUAGCGUGGUGAUAAUGGGGUCCAUGAGUGGGUGAGGAUGGGCUGGCUGUGCCGAAAGGACAUGACAGGUCCUGGGGUGUGGGGUGGGUAAGAGACAUGGAAGGAGGUGUAGCAGGCUCUCAAAUUAUUUAACUCGGUAUUGACUCCUGAAGGCUGCACUAUCCCCAAAUGGAAAAUGAGAUACUCUUCCUGCAGUUUGUGCUGAUCCUCAUUGGAGCAAUGCAGCAGGCCACAGGAAGAAAUGUGUUCCCUGGCCAACAAUGGUGUGUUGAAGUGGCAAGCAACUGCAAACUUUGGGUCAGCUAGCAGCUGUCUCAGGCCUUGUAUAGUAAGGAGAGAGGAGGUAAAUGGGCCUGUGUUGCAUCUUUUGCAGUUUCCAUGAGAAGAUGCUAUGGGGCUGUGGGGUGGUGUUGGGAGGAGGAGCAGAACAGUCUGUGGAGGAACAGUCCCUGUGGAAUGCUGACGGGGGAGGGAUGGAGAAUAUCACUGGUGGUAGCAUCCUUCUGAAUUAGCAGCUUAUGAUCCUUUGGAUGCAGAGCCUGUUGGGUUGGAAUGUGAGGGCCAAGAGUGACUUGUUGCGGGAGGGAAGAUAAGGGGUGAGGUUAGAAGUGGGGUUAUGGACAAAGUCUUCCAUCAUUUAACUUUUUAGGAUACCUGAGGAUCUGAACCAUCAAUUGUUUUCAUCUCUGUUUGAGUUUUUGAGGCAGUAGUUUUUUUUCCCUGAGGAAGGGUCACACAACCUAAAACAUAAACUCUGAUUUCUGUCCACAGAUGCUGCAAGACCUACUGAGUUUUUCCAGCAAUUUCUGUUUUUGUCACUGUUUGUUUGGUUUGUGUUAGAUGCAGUGUGUUUUAAAUUGAAAGUAAAGCUCACUGUACACCAGCCCCAUCAAUGACUCCCAGGGCAAGGACAGUUCAAGAUUGUAUACAGAGAAAGAGAUGUUUGUAUCAUUGUUGAUUGCUGUGGGUGAGGUGUUGGAAGUCUGCAGGUUAGUUAAUGUGGUGCCAUUAUUUAAGAAAGAUGGUAAGGGAAAGCCAGGGAACUAUAGACCAAUGAGUCUGACAUCAGCGGUGGGCAAGUUGUUGGAGGAGAUUCUGAGGGAUAGGAUUUAUGCAUAUUUGGAAAGGCAAGGACUGAUGAGGGAUCAUGGCUUUGUUUGUGGGAAAUCAUAUCUCACUAAUUUAAUUGAGUUUUUUGAAGAAUUGAUGAAGACAGAAUGGUGGACGUGAUCGAUACGGACUUCAGUAAGGCAUUUGACAAGAUUCCGCAUGGUAGACUGGUUAACAAGGUUGGAUCACAAGGAAUGCAGGGAGAGCUAGUCAUUUGGAUACAUAAUUGGAUCAAAGGUAGGAGACAGGGUGGUGGUGGAGGGUUGCAUUUUGGGCUAGAGGCCUGUGACGAGUGGUAUGCCGUUUUUGGAAUACUGUGUUCAGUUCUGGUCUCCCUGCUACAGGAAAAAUAGUAUGAAACUUGAAAGGAUUGACAAAUAAUUUAUAAGGAUGUUACCAGGAUUGCAGGUUUGAGCUAUAGCGAGAGGCUAAAUAGGUCAGGAUUAUUCUCCCGAGAGUGCCACAGGCUGAGAAGGGGAAGGUACAAAAGCGACUUGAGGGGCAACAUUUUCACACAGAGGGUGGUGCGUGUUUGGAAUGAGCUGCCAGAGGAAGUGGUGGAGGCUGGUACAAUUAUAACAUUUAAAAGGCAUCUGGAUGGGUACAUGAAUAGGAAGGGUUUAGAGGGAUAUGGGCCAAAUGCUGGCAAAUGGGACUAGAUUAAUUUAGAAUAUCUGGUUGGUACAGACAGGGUGGUCCAAAGGGUCUAUUUGUGUUGUACAAUGCAAUGACUCUGACUUAGGCACUCUGCUUCAGUGUACCUCAAUGCCAGUCUCAGAAAAGCAACAACUGUGUUUUAUUCGCACUUAGAGUUUUGAUGCACCUAGAAGAGAGGUCCUUCUAAGUAGUUUGGGAAAUCAUAUAGACCGGGUCUCCCUCGUCCCACUGACAAGAUUCUGAGGAACAGGCAUUUUUUCUGGAAAAUGGACUCUAGGGAUGUGUGUGCUGGAGCUGAGAGUCUGGAGAGUCCACCGGAUGUUCAGAGCUGUGAUUCAGUGAUGGUGUGGAGUUUGGAGGAGGCUGUGCAGAAGCAAGUGCUGCAGAUUGGAUUGAGUGCGUGUGGUGCAACCGCGAUUCUUAAUGCCCUGCAGGCUCUGGGAUUCGACGUUUGCUCUGAAGUUGUAGAGAAGUGUGUCCAGACAAGGAUGCGGAAGAACGAUGCACCCCUAGCUGAAUACUUAAUAUCACGAAGUGUUGCAGGUGCCACCCAUCAGCAGCUGAUAGAGGGUGCAGAGAAGGCAAGUGAAGGAAGGGUUAUAGGAAGAUUUUUCAGCUUCUACCCUGAACGAAAUGUUGACCUGACGGCUUGGCUGGCGAGCUGGAUGAAGAAAGGAGCUAUUGCUGUAGCAACUAUGAACAUGCAAAUUGCUGUGCCGGAGGGUGAAGGGAUCCCAGAUGCUUGGCAUCAUCAGAUGAUCUUUGGAGUGGACUCUGAAGGCAUUUACAUGACCAAUCCCUUAGAAAUAGAGAGAAGCAGCCUUGUUAAGCAACGCCUAUGCAGUGAAUCGCAGUUGCUCAUUCGGAAGCAAGAUAUCAUGAGUCGGUUGUCGGGGGACCCAGACUUCUCUUUGCUUAAAGAGACUGUGGACCAUUCCAUGUGGGAGGAACUGGAUGUUGUAGAGCAGAUUAAUCGGAUGGUCUCUGGGGAUGUUGCUCCAGAUGAUGUUUCUCACUCGUCCCAUGUGGUGAUUCCUGCAGCAUACAGGUCAGGCGUCACACUGUUUACCCGGAGGCACUCAGACCUGACCAAGGAGCUUUUAUUAACACCCGAGCUUCCUCUAUUAAAUGACCAGUAAUCUUGAUGACUACACAGAGCAAAGAGAACUUACAGUCCACUUCAUCAAAAUCUCCAGGAACCUGAGAAUUUGCUGAAGUCCACCAGAUGAUCUUUUCAGUACAAAUGAUGCAAAAUCAAAGAAAGAAAAGCAACAUCAGCAGGAGGCUCCUUGCCCUGAGCAGUGUGUUAGUGUGAGAGGCAGCGUGUGAUUUUGAGUAGUAAGUAGGUCUGAGGUUGCAUGCAGAUCGGUGACGCACUAUAAACCAGCUGGUUUGAAGUUUGCAGUAGGUAGUGAUCCUCCUUCCAAAUAACUUGCCACUCUGCUUUCUCAAAGUUUUAAUUACACUCCUUGUGCCUCCAUUCUUCCCCAGCCUGAUGUGGUUUGAGCUUUGUUUGAACUGGGCCCUGUACCCCAGGGAUCCCUGCACAUAAUCGAGCAGGAACCCUGGCUGAUACUCCCAAUCUAGAUCAGAAUCUUGAGGGUAAGUGUCCUUUGCUGAGAUUAGUAAACUCAAACCUAUUGAGUUUCCAGCCCUUGCUGAUGAACUGGGAGAGCUUUGAUACUGGAAACAAAGACAAAUUAAUGCUGAUGAAGCAGAAAACCCAGAGCCUCCUUCACGUGCUCUUACUCAUUACUGUUUUGCAAAGAGAAUUUGAUUACUUGUUAAAUAAUUCAGGAUUUUUUUUGAAAUGGUAACAACACACUGGAAUUUAUUUUGUUCCAGUAUUUUAAAUGUUAAUUCUGUGUAGCACAGCUCCUAUAGUUCCAACAGCCUUGUCAUUAUUGCCUAGAAUGUGUGUGUUUGGGAAUGGCCUACUUUUAAACAGCAUUAACAGUUUUAAAUUUGAGCAAGAACUUGUACAAAGUUUAUUUUCUUCAGAGUUUGACUGAGAUGAGUGGUGGUGACAGGUUGUGUAGUUAUAUCCUAUAAUGUUUAAGGUCUUUGUUGUACAUUUUAUUGAGAUUAAAUGUGUUCAUAUUUUGAAA